UCCGGAUAACAUGUCUUAUCGGACCUGCGUAGCUCCCUUCUUAACACGUUGGAACUUUACAUUUUGGGACAGCUGGUUUGCGCGCUUCCUUUGGGUCGAUUACCUAUCUUCAUAUCCUACACUUCUCUCUUUCUCUCCCCCCCCCCUUUUUUUUUUCGUAACCUGAUUCCUCCUUCGACAAGUCCCUGUCACUAUUCACUCCUUGAGGACUCGAGGAUCCCAAAAGGUCUACGACUCAACGAGGAUUUUCUUUUGCGCCCGGGCUCCGACGUUCAUCGAAAUAAAGUAUCCAAACCUCGAAGUACACCACAGGGGGACCCACGAUGUACCUCCGAGGGGCAGCAUUCGUGCUGCUGCUCCUAUGCUUCGUCCAGCUGGCCCUCUGCGCCGAGGACUACUACAACCUCUUAGGCAUUAGCAAGAAGGCCUCGGAUCGUGAGAUCAAAUCCGCCUAUCGCAAGCUGAGCAAGAAAUACCACCCCGACAAGAACCCAGGCGACGACAGCGCAAAGGAAAAAUUCGUCGAAGUCUCCGAGGCCUACGAAGCCCUCAUCGACCCCGAAUCCCGCAAAAUCUACGACCAAUACGGCCACGAAGGCCUCAAGCAGCAACAACAAAACGGCGGCGGCCACCGUCACGACCCCUUUGACGUCUUCUCCCGCUUCUUCGGCGGCGGCGGUCAUUUCGGAGGCCACGGCCAGCGCCGCGGCCAAGACGUAAACGUCCGCAUCGGCAUCUCCCUCCGCGACUUCUAUAACGGCAUCAACACGGAAUUCCAGUGGGACAAGCAGCAUAUUUGCGAAGACUGCGACGGCACGGGCUCCUCGGACGGCAAAGUAGACACCUGCGGCGUCUGCGGCGGCCGCGGCGUGCGCAUCGUCAAGCACCAGCUCGCGCCGGGUAUGUACCAGCAGGUCCAGAUGCAGUGCGACGCCUGCGGCGGACGAGGGCAGGAGAUCAAGCACAAGUGCCACACAUGCGGCGGCGCGCGCGUCGUGAGGAAGCCCACAACGGUGCAACUCACCGUCGCCCGCGGCGCGGGGCGCGACAGCCAGAUCGUCUACGAGAACGAGGCGGACGCGAGCCCGGACUACGUCGCGGGCAACCUCGUCGUCACGCUCUCCGAAAAGGAGCCCGAGAUCGGACAAGAUAACCCGGACCGCGUCGACGGCACGUUCUUCCGGCGCAAGGACAACGAUCUCUACUGGACCGAGGUGCUCUCGUUGCGCGAGGCGUGGAUGGGCGACUGGACGCGCAACGUAACGCACCUCGACGGCCACGUCGUGCGGCUCUCACGCGAUCGGGGCGCCGUCGUGCAGCCUGGUCACGUUGAGACUGUGAAGAGUGAGGGCAUGCCCAUUUUCCACGAGGAUGGGGAUAGCGUGUACCACAAGACGGAGUUUGGCAACCUGUACGUCGACUACGUUGUCGUGCUGCCCGAUCAGAUGGAGAGCGGCAUGGAAAAGGAGUUUUGGAGCGUCUUCCAAAAGUGGCGGGGCAAGGUCGGCGUCGAUUUGCACAAGGACAGCGGGCGGCCAGAGAAGCCUCCGGUGCACGACGAAUUAUGAUGAAAAAGAAAAAGAGAGAAUAUGAUGCCCCUGUAGAUGAAUUCUGUGAGAGAUUAGAGAAUAGACGGCCACAAUCAAAGUACAUAAUAAGUGCUCUCUUGUCUGCACCUUUGUUUUCGCCAACUGAAUCAAUA